CAAAAUAGAAAAUACAUAGUGAUUGAGUUAAAUACUUGCUUUUUUAAAACUUGUUUGUGCAAAAUAUUAUAUCUGGCAACCAGACUAUCUUUUUUUCUGCAAUAAGUAAGGAACAAAAGAACGCAGCUAAAACUAUAAAGCCUGGGCUCCAAUUUCCGCCCAACGACUUCUCACAUUUCAAGAGCGGACAGCAAAAGCCGCACAUUGUUACAGUUUGUGGCAUGUCUCGGCAAGAAUCGCACGUCAAGUUUCCCAUUUCAAGCACAAUGGCCUGCUCGUCAGCAAAGAUUUUGAGGAAAAUAGCUAUUUUAUUUCAAAAGUGCUCCGAAAAGAAAUCAAAUGUCUCACUGAGACUAUUGGAAGAGAGCAGUGUUGUGGCAACUUUUAUGGAGCAGAAGAAGAUUUCUGCACUUAUGAACGGGCGGAUUACUGACUGCUCGUUUCUCGUCGGCCCUCAUGAAUUGACCUCGAGACUUCUCCAUGCUUUUCAAUGCGACUUGAUAUUAGCAAGUGAAAAAUUUGAGGCAAUGCUUAAUACUUCACAUAAAAACCCAAUUAGGAUAAAAAACCACGACGGACGAAUUUUCGCAAUGCUUCUCCAGUUUAUUCAUAUUCAUGUGCUGAAAGAAGACAUUGAAACUUUAGAGGACGCAAUAGCCUUGAGUUUGGCCGCAGAUGAGUACCUCGUGGAGCCUUUGCUUAAAUUGUGUGCCUCAAUUGUCAAGAAAAUGAUCAACUCCUCAAAUGUUUGGCUUGUUUUGGAUGCUUUGUCUCAUCGCUUUGAAUUUCGCUCUGUGUGCAUCGAGAUCUUAAGUCGAGAAACAACAAGUUGCAUUGGGCACCCAGAUUUUCUCAAAGUCUCCCAACAAAGUAUUGCAAUUUUACUGCAGCUUGACAGUUUAAAUGUGAAUUCCGAAAAUGAUUUGGUUAACGCUUGCAUCAAAUGGAGCUCAAGCUCUCCUCAAAACCACAUCCGGUAUCUUCUUCCUUAUUUACGACUGCUGACUUUGGACGUGGGUCAGGUUUCGUCGAUUUCCAAAUUGCUAAACACCAGGGAAAGAGCCGGCUUGGCCCAUGCUAUUGUUUUUGAUGACAAAAGCUUCAUGCCGGCGUCACUUUGUCCGAACCCAAAACCCAGGAAGCCGUACAGGCAGCCUCCGAAAGAAGUGAAAAAUGUGGGAGUCAUUGAAAUAGUCCCAAGAGAACUAAUGAAAAUUGACAAGCAGUGCCCUUUUAAAUACGGAUUAAACCAAAUGGUCGAUUUCAGACAGAGGAAUGUUAUUAAGUUCACAGCGGGACAAAAUAUGCAACUUGCGUCGCUGGAAAUUUUGUCUCACGUCAAUCAGGAAAAAGGAAGCAAAGGAGACCUUCUUGAAAACAAUGUCCACAUGUUUUUGUCCAUCGAGAUCACACCGCCACAUGGAAAACCAAAUAUCAAAUUUGCCGAGAAAAUAACUGAACCAAAAUUCGUGUUUAGCCCUUUUAUAUUUUCAUUCAAAAACCCACUUUAUUUGACGACAGGGAGCAGAGUGCUUAUGUGUUUACUGUAUGGGCCUGGUGUGGCGCACAAAAACUUUUUUGCUGACGGAGCGUUAUCAGCUAACAUGCCUAAAAAGCGGAACAUGAAGUGCAAGGGCAGCAGUGACGUAGCUGUUAAGAAUUUCCGCGUAGAUCACGACAUAUUUAUCCAUGAGCCAAAGUACAAAGUUGGCAAGUGGAAACAAGUACCAGAAACGCAUCAAAUCUGCGUUGUGCAAAACAUUGUGUGUAAAUUUUUCUAGGAUAUUUUAUUUCUCUAUAAUAGAACUAGGAAAUAGAAAAAAUAUGUAAUUAUUAUGGAUUUACCGGAUUUACUACUCUGUUUUGGUUCUAGGCUGAGACAAUGAUAUUUUAUUCAAUCAUAUUUGAAUCAAACAAAAUUUAUUCUUUAUUAUCGCUUCUUACUUUGUAAUAAAAAUUUAUUCGAUAUGUAUCAAUAUUUUUUUUUAUAAUACACUUUUAUUAUUGUCAGGGUUGAAAAGUAAUUUCCAUAAAAUUUCCUCAAAAUUAUAACAUAGCUGGUAAAUCAUAAAAUAAGUAUUUUUUUCCUAGCUGCAAGGGCAAGGAUUUAGAUUUUUGAAUUUUUUAUUAUCUUUAUAAGAUUUUCAAUUAAGAAAUUAUUGGCGAAAUAUUGAAAUUAAAAUA